CCAACUAUUACUUUCAUCGCCAUAUUCUAUAAAGCUACAACCAAAGCACAAAAGCCAUAUAGCAUCGACUGUGAUCUUCUUGUCUCCACCUCUUUCUUCACAUCAAUAUGAGCUCCAAAAACUCAAAUUUGGCAAUCUCAUACACUUUGGUGUUGCUGCUUGUUGGCUUUGCAAGCUCAGACUUGGAUCAAGACAGAGCAGAAUGUGCAGAUCAGCUAGUCGGACUCGCCACGUGUCUUCCUUACGUCGGUGGUGAUGCCAAAGCUCCAACCCUAGACUGUUGCACUGGCCUAAAGCAAGUCAUUGAGAAGAGCAAGAAAUGCCUGUGUGUCCUAAUCAAGGACAGAGAUGAUCCCAAUCUUGGCCUCAAGAUAAACAUAACGCUUGCACUAGCCCUCCCAACUCUCUGUCAUUCACCCACUAACAUAUCUGAGUGUGUUACUCUUCUGCAUUUGGCACCUAAUUCAACGGAGGCUAAAAUAUUUGAGGGACACUUGAACAGCACCGAAGGGAACACUACAACAACGGUUGGCAGCGUUAAAGGGAACUCCACCAGCAAUGCAUCAAGUAGCGGUGGGUUGGGAAAGAGGAGGUUGGGAUGGAGCAAAGAUGGUUUGUGGGAUUUUACUAUGUAUUUUCACAUCUUACCCACUUUCUCAUAUUUUGUAGUAUUUUACGGCCCUCCGUAAUGGUCAUCGUUGUUAUUGCUUGUAAAAGAGUAUCAGUGAUAUAUUAAUCUCCCUUCGUAAACUCCUAGCUAGGAAUGAAAUCGAGAUACUGAUAGUAAGUA